AUGGGAAAAAUCAGCAGUCUUCCAACCCAAUUAUUUAAGUGCUGCUUUUGUGAUUUCUUGAAGGUGAAGAUGCCCGUCACAUCCUCCUCGCAUCUCUUCUACCUGGCCCUGUGCUUGCUCGCCUUCACCAGCUCUGCCACGGCGGGACCCGAGACCCUCUGCGGGGCUGAGUUGGUGGACGCUCUCCAGUUCGUGUGUGGAGACAGGGGCUUUUAUUUCAACAAGCCCACGGGAUACGGGUCGAGCAGUCGGCGGGCGCCCCAGACAGGAAUCGUGGAUGAGUGCUGCUUCCGGAGCUGUGAUCUGAGGAGGCUGGAGAUGUACUGCGCGCCUCUCAAGCCCGCCAAGGCGGCCCGCUCAGUCCGUGCCCAGCGCCACACCGACAUGCCCAAGGCUCAGAAGGAAGUACAUUUGAAGAACACAAGCAGAGGCAGCGCAGGAAGCAAGAACUACAGGAUGUAG